AGGUUUUCGUCGUCAGGCGGUUGCUUAUCGACAUUGUCGAUAGUUUCUGCAACCGAACUGAAUCACUCACUCACUCACUCACUCACUCACUCACUCACUCAAUCUAUCAACCAUAAUGAAAGUCAAUUGGAAUCAAUCAAAUAUCAAAUCCGAAUAGCAAACUCACAUCGAUCCGUCCAUCAACCCAUUAACCAAUCAACAAUCCAAUCAAUCAAUCAACAAUCCACUCACUCACUCAAUCAAUCACUCAAACUCAAUCACUCAAUCAAUCAAUUAAUCAAUCAAUCAAUCAAUCAAUCUAUCGAAUCAGUCAUUUCCUCAUCUAGUCAAUCACAAUCUUUGUCCUUACCUCCACAAAUCAAUUGCUGCCUGCCUGCCUGCCUGCCUGCUUGCCUGCCUGCCUGCCUGCUUGCCUGCUUGCCUGCCUGCGUGCCUGCCUGCCUGCCCUGCCAGUGCCAUCCCUCUCGCUGUGCUGAGUGGAAUGGGGAACGCUUUCCACAAAAAGAAGAAGCCUACUGUCGACGAAAGGUUCACGAAACCUCAAGGAUUGUAUCCGAUAGUCGGCCGUGAAGGCGAUUUGAAGAAGGUCCGCAAGCUCAUCCUUGAGGGCAAGUUGUGCCCUUUUUAUCCCGGAAGAGAUGAACCCGCCGACGAGAGUUCGACGGACAUCGAGGUGGCGGAUGAUUUUGAGGAGUGCCCCAUAUGCUCCCUUCAGUACCUGGCCUUGAAUAGGUCCAAGUGCUGCGGCAAAGGGAUCUGCACAGAGUGUUACGUCCAGUUAAAACCGGCCAGCAUUCGCGUAGACAGGGUGCCGUCGGGGACCCCUUCGAAAUGCAAUUGCCCCUUUUGCAAGUCGCCGAAUUACGAUGUGGAGUACAGAGGGAAGAAGACGAGGGCGGAGAGGGAAGGAGAGAGAGUCGAGGAGCAGAGACUGAUCGAGGCACAGCUGCGGCAGCGACGUGAGGAGGAAGAAGAACAGCGAAGAAGAGAAGAAGAUAUCCGCAAUGGAUUGAUUAUCGUCCCUCGGCCGCCUCCUUCUCCUUCUCCUUCUUCUCGUCUCCCUCCACCUCCUAUCCAUCUCCCUUUCCUCCCUCCUCCUCAUCACCUCCCUCCUCCCCUGCCUGCUCGCCCUCCCUGGGCGCUCUCCCCGCCUACUUCCGCCAACAGCUCCCCGCCGUCGCCCCUGUCCCUCGAUCUCAACGAGGCUGACUCACACCUGGUCAUCCCGAUCGCCGCUGCUGCGCGAGGUUCCGCUCCUCCUUCGGGUUCACCUUGUCCGACAUCAUGGGGAGUGAUGCAGAGAGAUGCUGCGGGCGGGGUGGGAGAGGUGGGAGGAAGAAGCGUAGCGUUAUCGACCGCUUCAGCCUUCCGGUACGGUCCGCCGAGCCCUGUCCGAUCAGCACCUGGGCAUGACGCGAGGUCCUGGUUCAGAGUGGCCGCAGCCCAGGAGCUCAAAAUGGUUGAACCGGAACGAGCAACGCCGGCAGCAGCAGCAGCAGAAAGAGGAGGAGGAGCAGCAGCAGCAGCAGGAGGAGGAGGAGGAGCAGCAGCGAGUAGUGCUGUUGGUUUGUUGCCCACAGGUUACCCUGAAGGUCGUGCAAGCCUGUACGCUUUCUCUAGGAUGUCUCUCGGUCCUGGAACAACAGGCUGUGUACCUAUUCCCAUUCUUUCUGGUUCCAGGUCCAUCGUCGCUCCUCCUCCUCCUCCUCCUGGCACGGACCUUCCGUCUGCCCCCGCUUCUUCUGCUGCUGCUCCUGCCGCCGAAACCUCGUAUAUACUGCCACCACCACCUCCUCCUCCUCCGCCUCCUCGACCUUCUCCCCCUCGUCCUUCUCCUCCUCGUCCGUGUCCUCCUCCUCCUCCUCCUCGUCGUCCUCCAUGGGGCCAACAGGAACACCAGCAGCAAGAGCAGCUGCAGCUGCAGCACCGGGACCACCACCACGGGCUUCACGGCGGGCACCUUCACUCGUUUCGAGAUGGCAUGGCGGCCUUCAACUCACUGCGCGCCGUUCUCGAUCCCGCCGCCUUGCACCCCGCCGCCCUCCGGGAGCAGAUGGAUCUGGACGAGGCGAUCCGGUUAUCGCUGCUAGACCAACGAGCGCGGCGGCAGCAGGAGGAGGAUCAGAAUGCGAGGSGGGAGGGGGGAGGAAUUGGGCGGCAGCUGCUGGUGGAGGAGAUGCGCAGACGAGGCGAUCCGGUUAUCGCUGCUAGACCAACGAGCGCGGCGGCAGCAGGAGGAGGAUCAGAAUGCGAGGGGGGAGGGGGGAGGGAUUGGGCGGCAGCUGCUGGUGGAGGAGAUGCGCAGACGAGGCGAUCCGACGAUCCCACAGCGACUGCCAAUUGGAAAUCUCCUGUGUUCGAGGAGGAGGAGGAGGAGGAGGAGAAGGAGGGAGGAGGGAGGAGGGAGGAGGGAGGAGGGAGGAACUCCCUUGUGUAUCAUCUCGAUCUCGUCUUGCCAGCUGGAAGGAACUCCCUUGUGUACAAAAUAUGAUUUUUAUGUACAGAUUAAAACAACGACAACAACGACAAAGAGGAGGAGGGAGGGCGACGACGAUACACGACGCCAUCGCUGAAGUUGUGGGUUGAGUGCACCCUCUCCUCCUCUGCCUCUCUUGCGAUCCCUCAACACGGGCAUCUCCCUACUCACCGCUUCCAAGCUUCGUUCGAGGGCAAUUGCAAUGAUCCUUUCCUUUAGAAUGUCGCGGAAGGUUCUGCGAUCGCAUCCUUGACUCGCUUUUCUGAUGGCAUCGCAUCCUCAACCCACUUCCCAACUUCGAGGGCAAUUUCCACCGACGUUGAAAGAGAGUUUUUGGGAGUUUCGCGGAAGUUUCGCGGAAGUUUCGAGCAAGUCACCACAGUCGCAUCCUCGACUCCUUUCCCAGCUUCAAAGGGCAAUGCCCGGAUAAAGUUCCCGGAAAGUU